AGGAAGCGGAAGUCCGGAUUUCCGGCCGGCGCGUGAAGGUGCGGAUUCCUGGCUUCCGGGUGGGCGUGUGGGGCCGACGAGCUAGUGGCCGGCGGCGCGGCCAGCGGACAGGGCUAUGGAGAAGCUACGGCGCGUCCUGAGCGGCCAGGACGACGAGGAGCAAGGCCUGAGGGCGCAGGUCCUGGAUGCCUCCUCCCUGAGUUUCAACACCAGGCUGAAGUGGUUUGUCAUAUGCUUUGUUGCUGGCAUUUUCUUUUCAAUCCUUGGAACUGGCUUGCUAUGGCUUCCCAAUGGCAUCAAGCUCUUUGCAGUAUUUUACACCCUUGGAAACCUUGCUGCAUUGGCCAGUACAUGCUUUUUAAUGGGACCUAUGAAACAACUGAAGAAAAUGUUUGAAACAACAAGAUUGCUUGCAACAAUUAUUAUGCUUCUGUGCCUGGUAUUUACCUUGUGUGCUGCUCUGUGGUGGAAGAAGAAGGGGCUGGCCUUACUCUUCUGCAUACUGCAGUUCCUGUCGAUGACCUGGUACAGUCUGUCCUACAUCCCGUAUGCAAGGGACGCGGUGCUCAAGUGCUGCUCCUCCCUCAUCAGCUGAAAGGCGAGUCCACCCAGGUGUGCUUGGAAACAGUACUGAGGCUGUGCCUGCUGCAGGGUCAUGCCAGAGACAGCAGCAGCCCCCGCCCCUGCCACGGACCCCGAAGCUCCCCGCGUAGCCCUGUGCUCCCUGUCCACUAACCUCUGCUCCCAAAGACGACGGGAUCAUAAUCAUUGCCACCUGUAAAUAAUUCUUACUCCAUUUUUAAUCUUUAGAAACAGCUUUUGAAAUGUGAAUAUUUAAGGUAUGAACCUGUGUUGUAAUAUAUAUAUAUGUCCAGCUUAUUUGACUUUUUAAAUGCUCUACAACUUCAAAAGGAUUUUUUUAACUUUAAAAAUGUGAAACUUUAUAUACUUCAAGCUUAAAAUUACUUAUUACGUGUAAUAAAAAGUAAUAUAUGUAUCUCUACAGUUUUGAAAUAAACCACUCUUGGAAAUGUAA